CUAAAAAUCUUGUAACAUAGAAGUAUGCUUCAGUUUUGUAUUCAAUCUACGUUGGAUUACGGAUAAAUGGGAAGAUACCAUUUAAGCAAACGAUUAAACAUAGUAGUGGAGAUAAAACUAUGAGGAUAUAGUCAUGAAUAUAAAAGUGCAAGAUGGGAAUCCAACAUCCAGAACAAAUUCAGAAGAGUCUUUAUUGGAGACUGGAAUAUUUGUCAAAGAAAAAUGGAAAAUUACGCGGAAGAUUGGUGGAGGGGGAUUUGGAGAAAUUUAUGAGGCAGUCGACACAUCUAAUGGUGAAGCUGUCGCUGUCAAAGCGGAGUCUGCAAGACAGACCAAACAGGUGUUGAAGAUGGAAGUCGCUGUUCUGAAAAGUCUGCAAGGCAAAGCUCAUAUCUGUAGAUUUAUUGCAUGUGGUCGCAAUGAUAGAUUCAAUUAUGUUGUUAUGUCUCUUGUGGGUCGUAACUUGGCAGAAUUAAGAAGAAGCCAACCAAGGGGAAUGUUCACGAUAAGCACAACCAUUAGACUAGGACGCCAAAUUCUUGCUGCUAUCGAAAAUAUUCACAGUGUUGGUUUUUUGCACAGAGAUGUGAAGCCUUCAAACUUUGCAAUGGGAAGAACAUCUGCAACAAACAGAGUUGUUUAUAUGCUCGAUUUUGGUUUAGCAAGACAGUAUACCAAUGCUUCUGGGGAUGUUAGACCGGCUCGUCCAGUUGCUGGAUUUCGUGGCACAGUGCGUUAUGCCUCGGUGAAUGCCCACCGCAACAGAGAAAUGGGUCGUCAUGACGAUUUGUGGUCAUUAAUUUACAUGCUGGUUGAGUUUGUUAAUGGACAACUUCCAUGGAGAAAAAUUAAAGAUAAAGAACAGGUUGGGACAAUGAAGGAAAAAUAUGACUACCGACUACUUCUGAAACACAUGCCACAUGAAUUUUUAGAACUUCAUGAUCAUUUAUUAUCUCUCAACUACUACAAGAAGCCAGACUAUCAGAUGAUACAGAAUCUAUUCAAUGAAAUAAUGAUGAGGAAAAAUAUCAGAGAAUCUGAUCCAUUUGACUGGGAAAGAGGUUGCGGAGAAGGAUCUGUCACAACAACAACAACUUCAACACCACCUAGAGGGGACAGACAAACUGCCGGACCUGCUGGAAUGGAAGUUGUUUCUGGUGUAGUUGAAGCUGCUAAUACAGAUCAUGAACUUGAUGCUGCGGCAAAUAUGAUGUAUGAAGAUGGACAACAAAUAAAUAAUGCUCAAUCUCCACCACCUCUUAUACCUGCUGUUCAUACUAGAUCACCUCCCAGAAUACUACAGGAUUUACAUCCUUGGGUUACAAGUGGAAUUAUUCAUGCUGCUAAUGCAAAUGCAAGUCCUGGUUCAAGUCCAAGAAGAAAAUUACCUAUACCACAAGUUGUAUCUCUACCUCAAAAAAAUACGUCACUGAAUGCUGAUUAUCAAGUUGAUGAAAAAGAAUUAGUUGAAUUACAUUCAAAUGAUAAACUGGAUGAAAAAAUUAAAGCUGAAGAUAAAAUAAUAAUAGAGGAUGUUGAUGAAAAUGAGGUUGAAAAUGGUUUGCCAGUGAAACCUGGAAUGGCUUCAUCUGGUUUUGUUGAAGUAAACAAGGAAAAAGUUGAAAGUUUAGACCAGGUUGCAAAUAUGAAUAUUGAAAAGACUGGAAAAGAGCACAAUUUGGCUAAUGAAGAUUUCAAAUCGGCCUCAGAUGAAAUUGAAAAAGAUAACACCAAAAAGGAUCAAAUUACUGGGGAACCUAAAAUUGAAAAGAAAGUUGCAGAAGGAAGUCCAAGUCAUGGUGAAUAUGAAGAUGCUAAGGAAGAAAUGCAGGAAAUGCCUCCAGAUAUUUCAUCCGUACCAGCCAUCGAAAGACAAAUUGCUGAUAGUUUUCCUCUUGUUAUGCCAACUCCUAUACUUGCCUCUGAUCUCCAAUCCAAAGACAUCAAUCAUAGUAGGAAUACAAAAGACAUUGAAGAGAAUAAAAUUUCACCAGAAACUCCUCAAAAAUUAUUCAUUGAAGCUUCAAAUGAUAAAGAAGUUGAAAAACUAACUAAACCUCCCGAUGAAAAAUUAGACCAGAAAAAUGAAAAUUCUGAUUUGCAUGAAAAUCAUCUUAAUGAUAAGCAAAUACACCCUGGUACAAGCUUUAAAAAGGUUGAUAAUGAUAUGUCGCAUAAGCCUUCUAUUAAAACUGUUGCUAUUGACAAUGAUGAAAAACAUGGGAAUAUUUCAGCAGAGUUGGAUUUACUUUUGUCUGGACUGGUAAAAUCGGGAACAAGCCAGUCGAAACCGGUUCCAACUGUUUUGAACAAGGAAGGUAAAAAAGAAGUUGUGAAUAAACCAAGCUCCGUCCAAUCUACCGAAUCACAUGAUAAGAAGCAUUCACCGUCCACAAUAAGUGAAAAAAGUAGAUUGCCUCAACCGAGUAAAUCCUAUAAAUCGACAAGUCUUAGUAGAGACUCAAAAGUGCAAGAAAAAGAUGCUCAAAUGCAUCGGCAUCCACAAACAUUCAAAUCUGGCCUUACAUUUAUUAAAAAAUCACCACCAAGUACUGAGAAUAAAGAAAAAGAUAUGCAAAAUAAAGAAAUUUCAUUGACAAUUUUGCAAUCUCACGAAAAGCGAGAAAUGUCAUCUCUGCUUCCAAAGAGGAAAUCUGGUUUGUCAAAAAGUGCCGAAUCCGUUUUUGGUCCCAAAGACAGGUUUUCGAGAUCUUCGAAUAAACUCAAAAUGGGACUUAAAAAACCUUCCGCUGGUACGCAAAGUUCAAGUUCAUCAGCAAGUAGCCCACCGGUACAUCAAUCUGAUGCUGGUGGUCACUCUGGUUACAGUGCUGGAGGCAGUAAAGGAGAACGUCAUUCUUCAGCAUCGUCACCUGAUCUGUUCUCACCAAGUUACAAAUCACUGAGUGAUGCCAAUAAAAGAAUUAUUUCAACUACUGGUGAACGCACACCGUUCAUGAAAGCAAUGUCUUUGGCUCGUAACAAACCAGUUGCACCAUCUGAUGUGUCAGAAUCGAGUUUGAGCAAUAUUGAUUUGAAUAAAGAUGGUCAUGAUCAGUCUACGAUUCCAAGAAGAAAACCAGCCAGUAAUUUGAAACCAAGAUUAAAUUUGAACAAGGAUAAGAAAAACAGAGGAGAAUCAUCUCGAAGUCAUUCCGAUUUAAUUCCUGCAUCUUUGGAAGAAGAAAUUGCUUCGGAAAAAGAAGAAAGCAUGCUGACAUCAACUUCUGAUAGACAAAUGUUGAGGAGAGGAAUAAGGAAAGGUUCUCGUCAUGAAUAUGAUGCGAUUCAUAAUUUGGAAGAAGAUUAUUUUGCAGCGGCUGCAUCUAGAGUUGGUAUCAAUUUGAGUCAUUUAUCAAAGUACAAUGAGGACAGAGAAUCAAAUUUUGAAAAUGAUUUGAAAUAUCCAGCUGCUCUCAAGAAUUUUGUUGAAAAAAAGAAUGUGGAAGAUGAUCAGAAAACAAUUCCAAAUUUCAUGGUUGAUAUGGAUAGAUCAAGGAAACCUGCAACUGGAAAAAUCACGAAACCACUUCCAAUACCAAGUAUGGAUAGAUCAAUAUCACCUCUUUCAUCCAAUUUAAAGAAAUCAAAAGGUACAAAAUUGGAGAAAUUGAGUUCAAUAUCGUCAUCCAUAUCACCUGCUCCAAGUCCCAGAUCGAUUACUUCCCCACUAUGUAAUCAGAAUAAUAAUAAACAAAUGGAGAAGAAUAUACCCAAGUCCAAGCUUCUAGAAUCAAAAGGAGGAAAAGAGAAAACAUCAUCGCCACAAAAACCAAAGUUAGAAAGGAGUGAAAGGGUUGAUUUUGCAAAAGAAGAUGUGAUUGGUCCUAGUCCAGCUCGUGUUCCAAGACCACCUGUGGGGAAGAAGCCACAAACUCAAAAUUUAAUCGUUCAAGCUAGGAGACGAAGAUAUCGUCCAGUACCAUCACCACAUCGUGAUUCAUCAACUUCAUCUACAGUAUCAAGUAUACCAAAGAGAUCUCUUCCAUUAUCCCUCGUUCCAAAUGGUGGAAUUAAAACUCAAACAAAACCGAGUUCGAGAAACACAGAUGACAAAGAACAAAAAUUAAAAUUGAAGGCAGACAAUGAUAAACAUAAUACCACCAACAUAUGGAGACGUGAACCUCUAUCUGGUCAAAGUAGCACUUCGUCACUUACAGGUAUAACUCGAACUGCACAGACGCAGAAAGAAAGUCGAAAAAUAGCUUUCGGUACGACAGUUACUCCAUCUAAAGACUCUUCUGCUCUGAAGAAAAAGACUUCAAAUAUUUCACAGAACGGAAAAUCUAAAACUUCGUUAACGAAUGGAAAUGUGUGGGACCAUGAUAAGAGUAAAAUGACUAAAAGUAAAAUAACUAACGGGGCUAAAACAACUUUAUCAUUUCAGAGUAAACAGCAAUCUAAAUUACCCAAAAGAUAGCAUUUGCCCCAAAUCUUGCUUGUUUUCAACAAGAACAAAGUCAAUGGUAAAUCAUAUAUUGUUGUUGGUACAAAAAUUCUAUGCUAUAUUUUGACAUAUAGAGUAGAACAGUCGUGGUUAUCGUUCCCUUUUAGUUGUUUUCCCAUGUCUUAGAUACUGAAACUUGUUCCAAAUUUUAUCGGAUUUUAUCCUCAAAUACAUUGUCUUAAUAUCUUACUACUUUUUCGCUUACAUUUUUCAUGCUUUAGUAGUAAAUAUAUAUUAUAAAUCAAAUAAAUAUAUUGCUGUUUCAGUGUUAAAUUAUCUUGUUGAUUGUCCUUAGUGAUGCACAGUAGCAGUGUUACAUACAUAGAAUCAAUCUAAAUUACAUGUAAUUAAUAUAGGAAUGGGGGAAUAUUGCGACUAAAAUAUUAUAGAAUUGUAAUAUUUGAUAGUUUUAUAUUCAAAAGACUUGUGGCAAAAUCUUUAUUUCAAAUUAUCUUCCAGUUCAGUAUUACCCAAACAAUUGUGUACUUUUCUGAUUGUAUCUGGAUUCCGCUUUACAGUGAUAAUGCAAGAUUGUUAAUUGGUCCCAAUGCUGUGUUUUGAUGUUCCAAUAAUACGUGGAAUCCUAAUUCAUCACAGGAGUUUACUUACCGGUAUUUUUGAAUCAACUUUGCUGCUGUGUUACUUAUAUUGCAUAUAGUUUUUUGCUCCGAUAAUAUGUCAUCUUACAUGUUUUAAGAAAAUGGGCGGAUCGACAAAAAAUAAAUACUUUUGCUUUCGAGAAAUAUGUAAAAAUGAAUAAACUGUAGUUUUAGAGUAAACUUGAAUUAUCUCUUUGACACUGUGCUGUAGUUAAUUUAUUGUUUGUAUCUUUCUUUAUUACUUGUACAUUUAGUACUGUUACAUCGCAUGGUUGUUUUUGCCUUCUUUUAACAUGUUAACUUUGUAAUAUUGUAAAUCUUACAGUCAGAUUGUUUUUAUUUUGUAAGGCAGAUAUGACCGGUAUAAUACGUCGAUCUUUUGGUCACUGUGGUAUAUUUAAAGAAAAUUUGAUGUUUUAAUGUACUUAUUAUUGUUACACUACUAUCAAUGUCUGUGAUGUGAUGUUUCGCUUCAUUAUUUUCCUUGUCUUUUGGUCGUUUCAACUUCUUUCUGCUUAAACUACACAUUGGACCAAAAUAGUAUCACUGUUUUUAAAAUUUUGAUUUCUAGUCUACUGAUGGAUGGUCAGUGAUGGGUGAAUCUGGGUAAAAUUUCAUUGAAUAUUUUAGAAUCAAUUUUGAGUAACCAUUGCACUCACUGUAUAGAGUCAAAUAGAGCUUACAUUUAAAUAUUUUCUUUCAUAUGCAUUUUUCUUCUUAACUUCCAAGAUACACAAUAUAUUCAUUUGUGCCAUUUAUGAUUGGGACAGUUUGGAAACCAAUCUAGUUUACCAUAAAAAAAUUCUUUUCAAUGCAAUACUUUAAAAAUGAAAAUUCAAAUUUGAUAACUUCGGGAAAAUCUCUGGGUAGUGAAAUUAAAAGUAAGAUAUUUCUGAGGAGGCAAAAAUUUGUAAUAUAUAUAUAUAUAUAUAUAUACUUCUCGCCUCAACUUCAGAAAUUCUUGGAUUGUUUUUGAUUUUGUUUUUGAUACCACUGCUCGAGUAAUAAUUUUGUAAAUAUAAUUCUCAAGCUUAAUUCUCAAACUUUUUACAUUUACAAACAAGUUACAUUUGCAUUUGACGAUAAGAUAUCUUGGGAAUAUGCGAAUUCAAACAUGUGAAGUAGAUUCAGAUUGUUGCUUUUUUUAUCCAAAGAUUUGAUAUAUGUAUUCUUGCUAUGUAAAAUAUAUUCAAAGUAUCAUAUAUAUUAACUAUGCUGGUGAACUGUAUUGUAUACUUAUGUGCAUUAUUGUAUUUUAUACUAUUGUCCUUUGCACAUUCCGUUUUGUAUUUAUUUAUACAAGUAUGAUCCAGUACCAUUUGCUAAGUUAAGGUUGAAUAAGAUUUUAAUGAAAACAAUAUUUCUGCAAUUUAAAAAUAUACAUAUUAAAACUAACCCAAAACCAAAAUCUUUGAUUUCUAAUGACAUUGAAAUAUUCUUUUAUAUAUUGUUUAAAGUAUUCAUUCAAGUGAGCAGAAACUUCAAAGAUACUUUUAGUUUCUACUAUAGUUAUCAAUGUUUCCUCCAGAGUUUCACCCCGUGCCAUAGCUUGCUUACUUUUUACCUAAACAUCAUUUGACUGACUUCAAUUCCUCCAAAUUAAUCUCAUGUUAUUUAUUAAAAUGGCAAUAGGAAGUUGACACACGUAAGCGUAAUAAGAAUGGAUUCCCAAUAAAUAAAUAAAUGUGAUAAAAAAAAAAUGUUAGUGACUUUUUUUAGGUUCAAAAAUAAAAUAACCGUUUGGUGUUAAAUAUUUAAAUAGGUUAUUGAUGAACCUCCAUUCAUCCACCUGUUUGUCUGCCUUUGGACAAGCAAUAUUGUUGACAGUUGAACUAUUUACCUAGUGUUUAUAUGGAGUGUAGUACAAUUUUUGACACAAGAUGCUCUCCGACCUUGUGGUGCUAUAUUAGAAAUGCUCCUGUCGAUCUGACAUCGUAACAAUUUUCUUAUUUCUAUGCUUACAUGACAUUUGUUACUUUCUGAAAAUCUUUUUUUUAUCAAUAUUCUUUAAUGUUGUACAUGUUUGUCAAAUAUAAUGAAUCGCAUCAUAGA